AUGAAAAGCAGCGAAAUUCUUGGCAUGCUUGGAGAAAUCAAGGAGAGACUGCACAAUCUGCAGAAACAAAGAAUGCACAUUCCAAACCGAAGAGCCGCGUGGCUUCCUUUCUGCUCUGCCCUAGACGUGCUGCAAAAAAUAGCAAGAGAGGAGGAGUACCUGCACGCCAAGGCAGCAGAGCUGAAGGAGAGGCUGCCCAUGCACGCGAAGGGGCUGGGCAAAACAUGCUGCUCGCCCGAGGUGCACACAAUGAUGCGCCCAGACACACAUUAA